AUGCCGGCUCCGCUCCGGAGGGGCCCCGCAGCGCCGCAGCCCCACUCGCCCUCGGUCCCCUCGAGUCCCCGCAGCGCGGCCGGCGCGGCGCGGGGCCGCCCUUCCCGCGGCCGCCCAGCGGGUGGCGCUGGCGAGUCGCCGACGGAGAGCGGCGGGGGCUGCGCGGGAGCGGAGCGGGAGCGCACCGGGAGCGGAGCCGGCAGCGGGAACGGAGCGGGAAACGAGCGGGAACGGAGCGGGAGCAGAGCGGAGCGGGUGCGGAGCCGGGAGCGGGAGCCGGGUCUGGCGCGGCAGCCCCGUCGUGGGUGGCGGGAGGCUGCGGAGAAGUGUGUUCAGGAUGAGAUCUUACCAAGCAGCAGAAAUCUAGUAAGUAUGUGUGUGACCUGUGUUUUCAGAGUUUCUCCGCAUCUUGGACUACCAGACAGAAUACUGGAAGAGGCUCAGCUUCAUCUGAUACACCACACUGCUGCAGCAAUAAGGAGUAUAUAACCCCGGACAGAUGUUAUUCUCACCUGCUCUUGAGGCAAGCGGAGGGGAUAGCCACAGCCUCCCUAAGCAGACUGUGUUUCAUCACUCUCAAAGUUGGGAAUUUGCUUUGUAACACGGAACCUGAAUAUUCUUUGCUACAAAUUAAGCUAAAUUCCUGUUGACCUUUUCCUGACAGCUACAGGGGACUAUUUUAUUCACUGGUCUCUUUGUUACAGUCUUUGCAUUCUGGAAAAUAUAUCACAUCCCCCUUUGUUUCUUCUCCUCCAGAAAAACAAACCCCAUUCUCUCAACCUUUCUUUGUAGGUUAUGUUUUUUAAACCUCUUGUUACUAUCUUUUGGGUUCCCAUAAGGAUGUCUGCUUAUUAAAAUAGAAGCUUAAUUUUACAAAGGUUGCUGCAUUACUUGGCACAGCAGAAAAUAAUAACAAAGGCUACACUGCCACUAGGAAAUCCAAGAUAAGAUCACAGAGUGGAGGGAUAGGGUGGAUCUCAAGAGAUCAUCCAGUCUGUUUCCUUGCACUAGGGCAAGUUCAAGUGAAACAAGAAAAUCCCUUAAGAUUUGUCAGGUCAAUGAUGACAACUUUCAGUGAUGGCACAUCUCCAGCUUCCUGGCAGUCUACCCCAUGGAUUUUACCGUCCUUGUAUGAAUCUGUUGUAUGUUGUUACAACCAUGAGGAUUAAACUUCUUAAAGAUUUUAAAAUUACAUAUGACUAUUG